UUUGGAGGGGGCGGAGCCGUGCUUCCGCUUCCGGUUUGGUUUGUGUGAGGCUUCCUUCCGAGGCGAGGAUGUGGCUCUUUUCUCGGGACCCGCUCCGGGAGUUCCCCUUCGAGGCCGCCCCGGGAGGAACAGCCCCGCCGCCUUGCCCACUCCCACCCGGGACAGGCGUCUGGCAGCUCCACCGCGGGAGGAGGAAGGCCACGGGGGAGCAAGUGUCCCUCUUCAUCCACGACGUGAAGCCCAACGCCGAGGAGCAGACCCAGCUGGCCAAGGCGGCCUUCAAGCACCUCAAGACCCUACGGCACCCCAAUAUCCUCUCCUACAUCGACGGGUUGGAGACGGAGAAAUGCCUGCACGUGGUGACGGAGCCCGUGACGCCGCUGCCGGCUCACCUGGAGUCGCGAACGGGCGAAGGGAGGGGCCUGAGCGAGCUGGAGGUCUCUUGGGGUCUCCAUCAGAUCGUGAAAGCCCUUAGCUUCUUGGUGAACGACGGCCACUUGGUCCACAGCAACGUCUGCACCUCCUCCGUCUUCGUGGACCGCGCCGGCGAAUGGAAACUGGGUGGUUUGGAGUACAUGUGCCCAGCGCAAAGCGAGGGUCUCACGCUGCAGAAGGGGGUCCCCGAGCUGGAGAAGUACGACCCGCCCGAGAUGGGCGAGAGCGACAAAAGCGGCGGCGGGGAGAAAUGGUCGGCGGACAUGUGGCGCCUCGGCUGCCUCAUUUGGGAAGUUUUCAAUGGCCCUUUGCCUCGGACGUCCUCCCUCCGAUCUUUUGGGAAAAUCCCCAAGUCCUUGAUCCCCCAUUAUUGUGAAUUAGUGGGCGCCAACCCUAAAGUGCGGCCCAAUCCGGCCAAGUUCCUGCAGAGUUGCCGCAGCCCCGGCGGCUUCAUGGACAACAGCUUUGUGGAGACCAACCUCUUCUUGGAAGAGAUCCAGAUUAAGGAUCCGGCCGAGCGGCAGCAGUUCUUCCAGGAGCUGAGUGCCAAUCUGGACGCCUUCCCGGAGGAUUUCUGCCGCCACAAGGUCCUCCCACAGCUGCUGACCGCCUUCGAGUUUGGAAGCGCCGGUGCCGUCAUCCUCACCCCCCUUUUCAAGGUGGGGAAGUUCUUGAACGCUCAGGAAUACCAACAGAAAAUCAUCCCGGUCAUUGUGAAGAUGUUCUCCUCGCCAGACAGAGCCAUGAGGAUCCGGUUACUGCAACAGAUGGAGAACUUCAUCCAAUACCUCAACGAGCCCACCGUCAACAACCAGAUCUUCCCGCACGUGGUGCAUGGGUUCCUGGACACCAACCCUGCCAUCCGAGAGCAGACCGUGAAGUCCAUGCUGCUCCUGGCGCCCAAACUGAACGAGAGCAACCUCAACGUGGAGCUCAUGAAGCACUUUGCGCGCCUCCAGGCCCGGGACGACCAAGGCCCCAUCCGCUGCAACACCACCGUCUGCCUCGGCAAGAUCGGCCCCUACCUCAGCGCCAACACGCGGCAGAACGUCCUGAUCUCCGCCUUCAGCCGGGCCACCAAGGACCCCUUUGCUCCCUCACGGGCGGCGGGGAUUCUGGGCUUUGCAGCCACACACAACUUCUACUCCAUGAAAGACUGUGCCUUCAAGAUCUUGCCAGUGCUGUGCACCUUGACCCUGGAUUCGGAGAAGACUGUCCGGGACCAGGCUUUCAAGGCCAUCCGGAGCUUCAUGACCAAACUGGAGAAAGUUUCCGAAGACCCGGAGCAGCUCUCCGAGCUUGAAAAGGACGUCAACUCCAUUUCGGCCAGUCCAGGAGCCGGGGCCAGUUGGGCGGGUUGGGCCGUGACGGGGGUCUCGUCGCUCACCUCGAAGCUGAUCCGGACGAAUGCGGGGACGGCGCCGGCGGCGGAAUCGGGAACAGAGGGGGCCCCGGCCACCGCAGAGCCCCUCAAAUCAGGGGUUGGACACCCUCCGCCCUCUCCGUCUCCAGCAGCUCCGGCCUCAUCGAGUGGUUGGGACCUUGAGGAGGAAGCGGCCGAAGAGGACAGCACCGGUGACCGAUGGGAUGACGAAGACUGGGGCAGCUUGGAGCAAGAAGCGGAGCAGUCAAAGAGGCAAUCCAGUCCGGAAGACUGGAACAGCCCAGGAUGGUCGGAGCCAGUCUCUUUGGCCAGGAAACCUGAAGGCCGGACGGCGGCUACCUCCUCAAAGCCGGAGUCCGACUGGGGCGCCUCGGCCUGGGACAUGGAGCCUUCGUGGGGGCGCAAAAAGGCAGAGGGGGCUGCAAAGCCCACCGUCUGUCCGCCGGAGGGGACCAAGCUAGCCAGUGAGUACAACUGGGAGAGUGUCCCGGCCGCGGACAAGCCGGACCCGUUCUCCUCCCUCGCAGAGAGGCCAACGACAGAGAGACAGCGAAACACAGAUGCCUUUGGAGAUUGGGGCCUGGAGGAGAAUUGGGAAGCGCUGGAGUCGGACCAAGGGCCUAGCAAAGCGGAAUUGGCACGAAAGAAGCGGGAGGAGCGGCGGCAAGAGAUGGAAGCCAAGCGGGCCGAAAGGAAAGCGGCCAAAGGACCCUUGAAACUGGGAGCCAGGAAACUGGACUGAUUCCCCUCUUCUUGGGAAAGAGACUAGAUGCUCUCACGGAGCGGCAAAGGAGGUCCAAGAGACUAGGGAUUUCUUUCUUCGGGAAUGGACAAAGCACGCUGCAAUCACCCUUCGCGUCUUCCUUUCAGCCCGGAUCUUGCCCGCAAAGCAUUGGCCGAAUCCCUCCCUGCAGUAAGGCUUGAAUCCCAGGUGCCUUCAAGAAGAAGGUGGGGGGGUCGAUGUAAGCGCCGGACGCCUAUCCACAGAGGAGGAUUUGGCUGGGACAGGAAUCGAGACAUGUUUUUAUUUGUUGUGGUUUCGCUUAUUAACCACAGCUUGGUCGGGAGUGUACGUAUCCCCUGCGGAUAUUGUGGGGAUGGAUUUUUUUCACUAUCCACAGAGGAGGAUUUGGCUGGGACAGGAAUCGAGACAUGUUUUCAUUUGUUGUGGUUUCGCUUAUUAACCACAGCUUGGUCGGGAUUGUACGUAUCCUCUGCGGAUAUUGUGGGGGGAUUUUUUUUUUCGCUGUAGUUGUCACUGUACAGUUGCACGUUGUGGGUCAGAUAUGUGUACGUCCGCCAUUUUUAUUUUUUAUUUUUUUUGCCUGUUUUAUUGGUCAAUGCGGAAGCCGACAAAUAAAUUAACUCUUUAAUGAAA